AUGAGGUCCGUCGCCGCGUUCCUGAUCGGUCUCUGCUGUGUCGGAUUCAUCGCGUGUAAACCCUCGUCGCCCUGCCCGGGCGGACAGUUUAUGCUGAAGAACCAGUGUGUCCUCUGUCAUCCCACCUGCUCCGAGUGCGACGGGCAUGAGCUGUUUGAAUGCACUACCUGUGGAGUUGAUGAAGAUGGACAGGAACGUUUCCUGCACCAAGGUCGCUGUCGGACACACUGCCCCCGGGGACUCUAUCCUGACAGGGGUCACUAUGCCUGCCUGCCCUGCAUAGCCAAUUGUGAACUCUGCACAGAUGGCAACAUAUGUGCCAAGUGUCGGGAACACUACAAACUCCAGAAUGGGGUCUGCCAAAUGACGUCCUGUGACAUAGGGCAGGUGCAGGACCCCGAUACAGGAGAGUGCAUUGACUGUGAGACGGGCUGCAAAGCAUGUUCCACAGAAGACCCUGAGAUCUGCAACAGCUGUGUUGAAGGUUACUUUCUUUUCAGACACCAGUGUCGCAGGCAUUGCCCCCAGAGCACCUAUGAGGACUGGGGCAGAGGUGUGUGUCUGUCCUGCCCAGCACCAUGCACGGAUUGCAGGAGUAACACACGCUGUCUUGCCUGCCAGCCUGGUUACUUCCUCAAUGGAGGUGAGUGUAUUAAACAGUGUCCACAGCAAACCUUCAGUGACUCCAGUGGGUGGCGGUGCCAGCCUUGCCAUAGCUCGUGCCAGACGUGUCACGGACCUCGUUCAACAGACUGUGAGCUUUGUCUUGGUGGGAACCCUCCUCUACACGGACAGUGUCCCCUGGAUAACUGCCCAUUGGGACAGUACUUUGACGGGUAUUUCUUGGACCAGGAGAGUGCUUGUGUUACACAGUGUCCACCUGGCUCCUAUGCAAACUCUGCCACUCAGCUGUGUGAGGACUGCUCACCCAACUGUGACACCUGCGUGGACACCAGUGAUAACUGCAUCAGCUGUUCCAAAGGCAGCUAUAAACUAUUUCUCCACCAGGGGCGUUGUUGGUCGAAUUGCCCGGAGGGUUUCUUUGAGACAGCUGAGGGUUCAUGUGAAGCCUGUGACAUCUCCUGUCUGACAUGUGAUGGGAACAAGUCCCAGUGUCUGUCCUGUGCUGACGGCCACUACUUAGGGGGUGGUAUGUGUAGACUCAACUGUUCACUGCGGACAUACCCUGCAGAUGAUGGUACCUGCAGGCGCUGUCCUCCCCACUGUGACGUUUGCUCGGAUGACAGGACCUGUUUCAAAUGCAGUUUCCUCUACUUGAUGCUGAAUGGUGUGUGUAAAGCUAGCUGUCCCAUGGGCUAUUAUGAGGAUAUGGAGGAGGGCCGCUGUGGUCAGUGUCAUCCUACCUGUGCCAGCUGUUCAGGGCCAUUGGCAGAUGACUGUGAGACCUGCUCGACGUUUAGCCCCAAACUCUACAAAGGUGCAUGCUCCAAGGACUGCGUCACUGGUACCUACUAUGAAACUGAAGCUCUGGAAUGUCAAGAGUGCCACCAGACUUGUAUGAGCUGUUCCGGCCCAGACGCAAACCAGUGCACUCAGUGCGAGAAGGGACUCGUGUUGGAUCCAAACACAUUGUUGUGUGGCGUGACAGGUGACACAGACUGCCCACCGGGGACCUACUUACACGAUGACCAGUUCACCUGCGUGGGUUGCCACCGGCACUGUUACUCUUGUGAGGGGCCGGGCAACGAUGAAUGCCAGACAUGUGCCGUCCCCAAGUACCUUCACAAUGGCACCUGUGUGAGCGAGUGUCCAGCCAGUACAUACAACACAAGGCAGGAAGCUAACGGAAAGGAGCUGGGAUUCUGUUUGCCUUGUGACCACGUCUGUUCCACCUGCACUGGGGCAUCGCCUAGAGAUUGCCUCACAUGUUCUCCAGGAUACCUGCGCCUCCUUCAACUCUGUGUCACCCAUUGUCCCACAGGGUAUUACAAAGAGGGCUCCCGCUGUGAGAAAUGUGACCAGUCCUGUGAGCUGUGUACGGGACCGGGGCCUGAGUCCUGCAGGGCCUGUCCACGUCCUCUUCUGGAGCUUCAAGGCACCAAGCUGUGUGUUGAGCACUGCCCACGCCGCUUCUAUCAGCUCAGUGAAAUCUGCAAACAGUGCCACACCAGCUGUCAAACCUGCACAGAUGCCUCACCUCAGAGCUGCCUGACGUGUGACUGGGGCAGCACUCUUAAGGACAAAGUCUGCUAUCCACGCUGUGAGGAGGGGCGGUACUUUUCAGAAGAGGAAACCUGUGAGCCAUGUGACAGCUCAUGUAGGCAUUGUACCGGCCCCAGACCUGACCAGUGUCUGACUUGUCACCGUGAUUCCGCUCUUCAAGCUGUGGAGAACCGCUGUGCCCGCUGCUGUCAGCCUGGAGGAAAUGACAGUGAUUGCUGUGUUUGUGACAGCCGCUCAGCUCUGUGUUUGGAGGCCCCCCAACCCAAGUCAGGAGAUGACCAGGUAACAGACCUGAAUAUGUCGUCCAGAGCUCUGUAUCACACCUCAGCCGCCUUGCCUAUUUCACUGUUGGUGGCGCUGGGGUUGGCUCUGGCUGUAUUUGCCUCGGUCAAAGCUCAUGCCAGGAAAAGGUUUUGCUGGGGCCAAAGCUAUGAAAGACUGAGUGGCAGUGCCGGUAUCAACAUGCCCCACGGCGUGCCUGAGCCGGACAGUGGAGAUGAGGUGGAUGUGGUGUACACCAGUAGAGACGGAUCGGUCUAUCGACGCUACAGCUUCAUCCAUGAGCAGGACACUGAUGCAGGCCAGGAUGUGGAUGAGACCACUUGUCUCAGUCAAUCUUAAGAUACAUCCAAACCAGAGCCUACAGUAAGUGAGGAAUGUGUUGUGGAUUCUCACAAUGUCAAGACUGACAAAUGAAUUCAAAAAAGUUUAGUUAAUGUUUAGAAGAGAACAUAGUGGUAUGUUUCUUUUUGAGUUCUGGUGUUUAUUUUAUUCUACAAAGUGCCUGUAUCUUUAAAAUGCACAUUCUUAGAUGAGGCAUGUGUGACUGAAAAAAAGAAAUAAAUACAUAUAUUUGUGUAUAUGUAUGUAUAUGACUUUUUUUUUAACUUGAUAUUAAAGAAGUAUUUGUGAAACGGUGAAAUGAUCAUGUAUAAUAACUAGAAUCUGCAUGACUUGUUGUAAAUAGAAAUAUAAAUGAAAUAAAUUCUUCCUAAUGCCAUCAGUACAGCUUGAAAACUGGCUAUAUUCCUGUGUAAUGGCUAUUCUGAGAAUAUAUGACAGUGUCAUUUCACACCAGAGUA